AUGGAGGCUCUCAAAGAGACGUUUAGCCGGUGCAAGGCUGAGACGAGGGCUGCCCUCGUCACCUAUGUCACGGCUGGCUACCCGACGGCAGCAGAUACACCGGAGGUGUUGCUGAGUAUGCAGCGAGGUGGCGCGGACAUUCUGGAACUCGGUGUGCCGUUCACGGACCCGAUCGCAGAUGGACCGACGAUCCAGACGGCCAACACGGUGGCACUGGAGAAUGGCGUGACUCUGACGGACACUUUGCAGAUGGUGCGGACGGCACGGGCCAAGGGCUUGUCGGCACCGGUGCUGCUGAUGGGAUACUAUAACCCGAUGCGUGCAUACGGUGAGGAGGUGCUGAUCCGCGACUGCAAGGAGGCUGGCGUCAAUGGCUUCAUCGUUGUGGACUUGCCGCCAGAGGAGGCGGCAACAUUCCGGACGUUGUGCAGCGCAGGAGGUCUCUCUUACGUGCCGCUCAUUGCACCGGCCACCUCAGAUGCCCGCAUGCGGAUCCUCUGCCAGCUGGCCGACUCGUUCAUCUACGUGGUCUCGCGGCAGGGCGUGACGGGCGCGUUGGGCACGCUGAAUGAAAACCUGCCGCAGCUGGUAGCGCGCGUGAAGAAGUACAGCGGCGGCAAGCCAGCGGCGGUGGGCUUUGGUGUAUCGACGCGCGAGCACUUUGUGUCGGUGGCGGGCAUUGCAGACGGCGUCGUGGUCGGCAGUCAGAUCGUGACGACGCUGCGCACGGCCACAGGCGACAAGCACAAGGCGGUCGAGAACUACUGCGCGUACCUGACGGGCCGGACAGCUACAGCAGUGGCCACGGCCUCGGCGGCAGCAGCAGCGGCAGCCGUGGCUCGGGCGGCACCCGAGACGCAGACGCAGACGUCGGCAGCAACAGCACAAAAGCUCGACAGCAACCUGGUGGCACAGCUGGCGGCACUGCACGACAAGAUGCCAGACCGGUUCGGUCAAUUUGGCGGACAGUUCGUGCCGGAGUCGCUGAUGGACUGCUUGUCCCAACUCGAGGAUGGCUUCAACCAGAUCCUGCACGACGACGCCUUCUGGAAGGAGUACCGGUCCUACUACGAGUACAUUGGGCGGCCGGGCCACCUGCACGUGGCUGAACGGCUGAGUCAGCACGCAGGCGGCGCCCAGAUCUGGCUUAAGCGCGAAGACCUCAACCACACAGGCAGCCACAAGAUCAACAACGCGCUGGGCCAGAUUCUGCUGGCGCGGCGUCUUGGCAAGACCAAGAUCAUUGCCGAGACCGGUGCCGGACAGCACGGCGUCGCCACGGCCACGGUGUGUGCUAAGUUUGGAAUGGAGUGCACAGUCUACAUGGGCGCCGAGGAUGUGCGGCGCCAGGCGCUCAACGUCUUCCGCAUGCGCCUUUUGGGUGCAAAGGUCGUGCCCGUUGACGCCGGCUCGCGCACACUGCGUGACGCCGUUAAUGAAGCCCUGCGCGCCUGGGUCGUCCACCUCGACACCACGCACUACAUUAUCGGCUCUGCCAUCGGCCCACAUCCUUUUCCGUCCAUUGUGCGUACAUUCCAGUCCGUCAUCGGCGACGAGACCAAGGCCCAGUUCCAGGCUGCCCGCGGAAGGCUGCCCGAUGCCGUCGUUGCCUGCGUUGGCGGCGGCUCCAACGCUGUCGGCAUGUUCUACCCCUUCUCCCACGACCUCUCUGUUAAGCUGUUGGGUGUCGAGGCUGGCGGCGACGGUAUCGAUACCCCUCGCCACGCUGCCACCCUCGCUGGUGGAUCUGCAGGCGUCCUGCACGGCGUCCGCACAUACGUGCUGCAGGACAAGAACGGCCAGAUCCAGGACACCCACUCCGUCUCUGCCGGCCUCGACUACCCCGGCGUCGGCCCUGAGCUGGCCAACUGGAAGGACACCGGCCGUGCUCAGUUUAUUGCCGCCACCGAUGCCCAGGCCCUGCAGGGCUUCCGCCUGCUGAGCGAGCUUGAGGGCAUCAUCCCCGCUCUCGAGUCAGCCCACGGCAUCUAUGGUGCCGUCGAGCUGGCCAAGACCAUGCGGCCUGACCAGGACAUUGUUGUCUGCCUCAGCGGCCGUGGCGACAAAGACGUCCAGAGCGUGGCCGACUCCUUGCCUGAGCUGGGUCCCAAGAUUGGCUGGGACCUGCGCUUCUAA